GCUUUGAAGACGCGUCGAAAGUUCAUGUCGCUUUCGAUAAUACGCCGCGAUAUUGCGGUAAAACGUAAAAACAGUUCCGAUUAGGUAAAAAGGACUUGUGACUGUUUUUUCUAUUAAUUUUUUGGUAUAUAUUUUUUUAAUUACGGAUGAUUUUUUGAAUGUUUAUAUAAGAUAGACGUAAGAUUUUUUGGAGUGUCAGGCGCUAAAGGAACAGUGCUUCGUGUAAGUGUGACAUAAAUUGAAUCAAUUAGCGUAAAGGAUGUACAAGGAUGUGAUUUGUGUCAGUUUAUUAAACUAUAACUAAAAGUGAAAUUAGAGUGACCUUUGAGUGAUUUUUGACUAUCGAAAAAUUCAUAUCCCCCAAUGGUAAAUGCCGUAAAGGGUAAAAGUGUUAGGAACACAGUGUAAGUGUAGUGCGCGAGACCGUGAGUGAGGUGAGAUGAACAGUUGAGGUGCGCGGGGCGCUGGGCGCGAUGGGGCCGCGUCAGAUGGGGCCGCGCGGUUUGGGGCUGCGUGCGAAACCCGCGCGGCUAUGGGCCUGGUUAGCUGUGCUCGCCGCGCUCGGCCGUACUACCGCUUACACCGACACGGAGGAGUUCCUCAGCGACUUGGAUAAACCAGUGCCGACGUCGGACGUGCAGGGCGUUCUUGGCAAGAAGGCAUCGCUGCCGUGCGACAUCCAGCCGUUGCAUGCAGACGACGCAGUCGUUAUGGUGCUCUGGUUCAAGGAGUCUGAUGGGGAACCACUUUACAGUUACGAUAUCCGUGGGCGUUCGUAUACGCAACCAAAACUGUGGUCUUCGCCAACGGUGUUCGGCAAUCGCGCCUUCUUCCGUGGCGGGGCCACACCUGCCGUGCUCAUGAUCGACAACGUGGCCGCUGUCGACGCCGGCGUCUACAGAUGUAGAGUCGACUUUAAGAAUUCGCCUACAAGAAAUCUUAAAGUCAACUUUAGCGUUAUAAUCCCGCCGAGCCGGCCGACGAUUUACGACGCGAAACGCAGAGACAGGACCAAACUGGUGGAGCCAUACAACGAAGGAUCUAAUGUUUUACUCAUUUGCGAGGUGGAAGGAGGUGUCCCAAGGCCGAAGGUGACGUGGUACUUAGAGAACGUGGUGAUAGACGACUCGUAUGAGCAGCGGCCCGACGGCGUCACCAUCAACACGCUAACCUUCCCCAAUGUGGGUAGACAGCAUCUAAACGCGAGGCUCGUUUGUCAAGCCUCUAAUACUAAUUUAGCGCCGCCAGAAACCAAAGUACUUAUCUUAGAUAUAAAUUUAAAACCAAUCACGGUAACGAUAUUGACGAAAGAAAAGCAAGUAUCUGCUGAUAAGAGAUACGAGGUGGAGUGCAAGACGACCGGCUCGCGGCCCGAGGCUACUGUCACGUGGUGGAAGAACAAUAGACAACUCAAGCGGAUGGCGAAAAACUUCUCUGAAAAUAAUGAGACACUGAGCGUGUUGAGCCUGGUGCCAUCCGUAGAGGACGACGGCCGCCAGCUGACCUGCCGCGCGGAGAAUAAGCAUAUACCAGACUCCGCAAUCGAAGACAAGUGGAGACUAAACGUGCAUUAUGUGCCUAUCGUUGAUCUCAAGAUGGGAUCCAAUUUGAACCCUAACGAGAUAAAGGAAGGGGACGACGUUUACUUUGAGUGCACGGUGAAGGCAAAUCCCAAGACACAUCGAUUGGUUUGGUUCCAUGACAACACGGAGAUGUUCCACAACGAGGCGCUGGGGGUGAUCCUGAGCGCGCAGAGCCUGGUGCUGCAGAGCGUGUCGCGGCGCGCGGCCGGCGACUACGCCUGCCUGGCCGCCAACAGCGAGGGCAAGGGCACCAGCAACCCCGUCAGCCUGCAGAUACGAUACGCUCCCGUGUGUGCGGAGAGGAAGGACAACGAGCUAUACGGCGCCUUAAAGCACGAGACAGUAGCGCUGCACUGCGCGGUGGACGCAAACCCCGCGCUCGUCUCCUUCCACUGGACCUUCAACAACUCCGGCGAGCAGACUGACUUGCCUCCCAGAUUGUACAACAGCCACGGUAACACCUCGACGCUGAACUACACACCGACCAGUGACAUGGAGUACGGGACGCUGGCCUGCUACGGGGAGAACUCUGUCGGACAGCAGAAGGUGCCCUGUCUCUUUCAGCUAGUUAUUGCUGGUCGACCACUACAACUGCAGAACUGCUCUGUGGCCAACCAGAGCGUGGAUGCUCUGUACGUGGAAUGUGUGGAGAGCUUCGACGGCGGCCUGCCGCAGACCUUCCUGCUGGAACUGCUGGAAUUACCUUCACUUAAGGUUCGUUACAAUAUGUCGACGAGCCGCAGCCCGCCGGCGUGGGAGGUGCGAGGUCUUCCAGCAGGCGCGCGCUACCGGCUGGACCUGUACGCGCUCAACGCCAAAGGGCGCAGUGACGUCACCACCAUAGAGACUGUCACGCUGAGGGGACAGGCAAAGUACACAGGUUAG